AUGCCGGAGAAGUUCGAGGCUAACCGUCCCUUUAUGUUCCUCUUGAUGUCCAAAUACGAUAACAAGAAAAAUAUGAUCCUAUUCUCGGGCACCGGACAGUUCCCGGCGUUCCCGGAGUCCAAAGUGUUCGGCCGUUUCGACGCUCAGGUGAUCGAAGAGCGCCGGCAGUCGGCGCUGGAACUGCUGGACUUCGCUGCCAAACACCCGACCCUUUUCACGAGCUCUGUGUUUGUGAAGUUCUUCGACAACUCUGUCACCAACUUUACGGCCGCCACCGCUCGUCAGCCCAUUGAUAUCGACACUCCCAUCGACGACGAAGAGGUGAAUGGUCUGCCGCCGCCUCUGGAGCCGAGUCUGAGUCCCGGUGGCGACGACUGGAGCGAUACUGUCAGCGAUGGCAGCAGUUAUUACUCGACGCCCAGCCAUCAGCCGAUGGACAGUGAGGUUAGGGAUCAGAAUGUGGUGAGCGAUAAGACACAGAAUGUGGCGGAAUCUGAUUCAACGAACCCAACGGAUUCAGUGAUCACAACCACAACCACAACAACCGGUAAUAACAUAGCAAACACUUCCGUUGAUGAGUCGCCACAAGAAGUACAAUGCGGUGACAAUUCCAAUGAGUGGUUCAUUCAUGCGAUCAAAUCGUGUGAUAACCAGUCGAGCAAAGAGUGCAAACCGGCGACAGUGUCGACCACUUGUGAUAAUAGCACCACCGAUGAGGCGAACGUCGACUUUCCCGAACCGUUCGCCCAAUUGAUGACCAAAUGUGAUGACGUGAAGACUUUGGAUGAGAUACCAAACGAUGUGUUCGCCAAACAGUUCAGCAUAUCUUGUGAUGAGUCGGACCAAACGGUGGAGGCGAUCGACACUUCUAACGAUAAUCCGAUUCCUAAUCCAAACUCCAAUCCGAGCCGAACGGCUGAUCACCGAACAGACCAAUCAAAAGAUCUGGCAAUAGAUCCACCGAUAGUUCCAUCAAUAGCUCUAUCAUUCGCUUUACCAGACGUCCCAUCAAUGGAUCCAUUAAUAGAUCCGCCAUUAGAUGAACCAUUAGAUCAACCCAUAGGCGAGCCAUCAGUCGCACAGCCAACAGAUCCGGAGCCCAGGGAUCCGACGGACACCUACCUCUUAGACGCGGCCAUUAUCUUACGUCAGGCGCAACAGCACGAGGAGUGCGGGGAAUGGGAGCCGGCGUUCGAGUCGUACAAGUGUGCGGUCGGCGUCCUAUUGCAAGGGGUGGGCGACGAGACUGACUCCGAGAAGAAGGCCUCCAUUCGGCGCAAGACCUUCCAGUACCUGACCCGAGCCGAGCACAUAUACGACACAUACCUGUCCGGCACCAACUCAUUCCAGCCGAGCCGUCGAUGGGCGCCGGACAGUCCGUUUAAGUCACUGAACGCCACGUUAGUCCAGAGUUGGUUCGGCUCAUCGCAAGAGUUGUCUAAAUUCAAAGUGAUUGGCGUCGACAGCAAGAGAGUGCAGAUCGUGAUCGACACCACCACUAACAACACGUUUGUCAUUAAAGUCAUCUAUAAGUCCAAUAUGUUUGACGCCAACACCACCACCUCAUCCACGACCGCAUCGCACCGGCAUUUGUCUGUGAACUCGUUAUCUGUGGCCCAAAGCAUAUUCCCGAACGACAUCCCAUUUAUGGUACAAAUCUAUCGCAUAUUUAAGACCGAAUACGCGUUAUUCCUGUUACUCGAGUACGCGAGGGGUGGCCGCCUGUGGGACAGGGUAUCGGCCGUCAACGGGGGCCGCAGUUUCUCGCCCUGUCCUGACUGUACGUUCGCGUCGGACGCCGACACCGGCUUCGAGCUCAUCGCCGACAACGCCUACAGCGGGCGCCGCAUAUCGCGCACCCGAUCCGAGUGCGGGUCCGUCGGCGGCGAGCAGCAGGUGUACCGCAAAAGCGAGUCCAUGGACUCGGAGUGCUCGCCGUCCGGCAGUCUCGCCAGCAUCGAGUCCAUUGAUUGCGACGCCCCGUCCAAGAGCUACCUGUCCCUCUGCAACCACUACGCGCUCGAGCAGCAAAAGUGUCCGCAGAGUACACUACUGGCCGACUGUCAGUUGGGUUCAAUGGACUCAAUCGACUCCAUCGACUCGAUCACCGAAUACGAGUCCAAACAGCCGUACGAGUUGUCGACCAAUAAGAGCGGCUGUGGCGGCGGCCUAUGGGGUCGACCCCCGCAACGACAGGCUUCCACCGAGAGCUUAGGCAUCAGCGGACUGUUGGCCAGAGCGCGCGGUAUACUGAAGAACGUGGACCAGACCCUGAACAUCACGAAAUACAUGACCAAAACGGUGGCCACGAAUAUGGCGAACCGG